UCCUGCCCGCGAAGCAACCGCCUUCCUGAGGUGCCGGAGAGAUUGGGAGGGUGUGUGUUACGGGAGCGAACCCAUAGGUAGUAAGAUACUUAUUUUCCGGCUCCCCUCCCUGAGGUACCUGGGGAGAGGAGGCGGAACUCAGAGGUGCGUGAAUCUUAUUCCUGACCGGACCAGUUUACGGGUGCACACUAGCAGCUGCGGCCGAGGUGGAGGAUGAAGCCUGAGGAGAGGCGACUGUGAAGCACCUAGAUAUUGACUAUCGUGACCGAAACAUGGACGGAAAGCCCGACCUUCAGACUGUGUACCAGGCCGUGCAGUCCCUAUACCACGACCCGGAUCCUAGCGGCAAAGAGAGGGCCUCGUUCUGGCUGGGGGAGCUGCAGAGAUCGGUCUACGCUUGGGAGAUCUCAGACCAGCUGCUGCAAAUCCGUCAGGAUGUGGAGUCCUGCUACUUUGCUGCGCAGACGAUGAAGAUGAAGAUUCAGACUUCUUUCUAUGAACUUCCCACAGACUCGCAUGCCUCCCUGAGGGAUUCCCUGUUGUCACAUAUUCAGACUUUAAAGGACCUGUCUCCGGUCAUUGUAACCCAGUUGGCCUUAGCAAUAGCAGAUCUGGCCCUACAGAUGCCUUCUUGGAAAGGCUGUGUGCAGACACUCGUAGAAUCAUACAGCAAUGAUGUGACUUCAUUACCCUUCCUUUUGGAGAUUCUUACUGUACUACCAGAGGAAGUUCACAGCCGAUCGCUGCGCAUCGGUGCCAACCGCCGCUCAGAAAUAAUUGAAGACCUUGCUUAUUACUCUAGUACCGUAGUGUCUCUGUUGAUGACUUCUGUGGAGAAAUCGGGGGACAAUGAGAAGAUGUUAAUAAAAACUUUUAAAUGUUUGGGGAGUUGGUUCAACCUGGGAGUCCUGGACAGCAACUUCAUGGCCAACAACCGUCUCUUGAUGUUGCUCUUUCAGGUCCUGCAACAGGACCAGACACCAUCCAAUCUGCAUGAAGCAGCCUCUGAUUGUGUGUGUUCCGCCCUUUAUGCCAUUGAGAACCUAGACAAUAAUCUGCCUCUAGGAACACAGCUCUUUCAGGGAGUGCUGACCCUUGAGACUGCAUACCAUAUGGCUGUGGCCCGUGAAGAUAUAGACAAGGUGCUGAAUUACUGCCGGAUUUUCACAGAACUAUGUGAAACCUUCCUGGAAAAGAUUGUGUCCACGCCAUGUCGGGAUUUGGGCAACAUGCGCACGCUGGAACUACUCCUAAUCUGUGCAGGGCACCCCCAGUAUGAGGUAGUUGAAAUCUCCUUUAACUUCUGGUAUAGACUGGGAGAACAUCUCUACAAAAUAAACGACCCUGUGUUGCAUAAUAUCUUCAGACCAUACAUUCAGAGGCUUCUUCAUGCUCUAGCAAGGCACUGUCAGCUUGAUUCAGACCACGAGGGUGUUCCUGAGGAUACUGAUGACUUUGGAGAGUUCCGCAUGAGAGUGUCUGAUUUGGUGAAGGAUUUAAUCUUUCUGGUGGGCUCCAUGGAAUGUUUCUGUCAGCUGUAUUCUACUUUAAAAGAUGGGAAUCCUCCUUGGGAAGUGACUGAAGCUGUGCUUUUUAUCAUGGCCUCCAUUGCCAAGAGCGUUGAUCCAGAGAACAACCCCACCUUAAUGGAAGUACUGGACGGAGUUGUGAGGCUUCCUGAGUCUGUUCACAUUGCUGUACGUUACACUAGUAUAGAACUGGUGGGAGAGAUGUGCGAGGUGGUAGACAGAAACCCACAGUUUCUUGACCCUGUGUUAUCCUAUUUAAUGAAAGGACUGUGUCAGCAAUCCCUGGCUUCUCCAUCCGCCAAAGCUAUCCAAAACAUUUGCUCUGUGUGUCGGGACCACAUGGCACAACACUUUAAUGGACUUCUGGAGAUUGCUCGGUCCCUGGACUCUUUCCCACUGCCCCCGGAGGCUGCUGUGGGACUCUUAAAAGGCACUGCACUUGUCUUGGCACGCUUGCCCCUGGAAAAGAUCUCAGAGUGCCUGAGUGAGCUAUGUUCUGUUCAAGUUACAUCUCUGAAGAAGCUGCUUUCCCAGGAUUCUAGUAAUGGCAUAUCCUCUGAUCCAACAUUGUUUUUGGACAGAUUGGCUGUCAUUUUUAGGCAUACAAAUCCCAUAGUAGAGAACGGGCAGACUCAUCCAUGCCAGAAAGUCAUCCAGGAGUUCUCUCUCUGUCAGAUUUGGCCUGUGAUGUCGGAGACUCUGAACAAACACCGUGCUGAUAAUCGUAUAGUUGAGCGCUGCUGUCGCUGUCUGCGUUUCGCUGUGCGCUGUGUUGGGAAAGGAUCUGCUGCACUCUUGCAGCCACUGGUGACCCAGAUGGUCAAUGUGUACCAAGUUCACCAACACUCGUGCUUCCUAUACCUGGGCAGCAUCCUUGUUGAUGAGUAUGGAAUGGAGGAAGGCUGCCAACAAGGGCUGCUUGAUAUGCUACAGGCUCUGUGUGUCCCCACCUUCCAACUUCUGGAACAUCAGAAUGGCCUGCGAAAUCACCCAGACACUGUUGAUGACCUCUUUCGACUGUUCACCAGGUUUGUCCAGCGGUGUCCCAUUGUCCUGCUACGCAGUCAGGUGCUGGUCCAUGUAUUACAGUGGGCUGUUGCCGCCACUACACUAGACCACCGGGACGCCAACUGUAGUGUCAUGAAGUUUUUGCGUGAUCUUAUACACACUGGAGUGUCCAAUGAUCAUGAGGAAAACUUUGAGGUACGCAAGGACUUGAUCCGACAGAUCCUCAACCAGUACGGACAGCAGUUCAUUAGCCAACUGCUACAUGCCUGUUGUUUCUGUUUGCCGCCCUAUACACUGCCAGACGUGGCUGAAGUCGUAUGGGAGAUCAUGAUAUUCGACAGACCGACAUUUUGCCGGUUGUUGGAAGCAUCGUUGAAAAGUUUACCAAAGGAGACAUCAGGAGGAGCAGUAACCGUGACGCACAAGCAGUUAACAGACUUCCACAAGCAAGUCACAAGUGCCGAGGAAUGUAAACAGGUGUGUUGGGCUCUGAGAGAUUUCACCAGGUUAUUCCGAUAGCUGCGUUCCUUCAUCCAGCCUGUCUUCCGUGUUAAAGACAGGUAACCUAGCCCAGUCAGACGGCCCCUCCUGAAAAGAGAACCAUUGUGGAUUGGCUUCUAUAACCCCCUAGCGUGCGUCAUGCCAAAAGGGGGACGCAGAUGAAUGAGAGCAAAGAGUGUCAAGCAAGUUUGGAGGAGGGCGUCCCAGCGUGACGUGUGCUUGAAGAACCUUAAAAGUAUAUCUGGGGAAAUAAAAGCUUAAACGUUUAACCCCUUCACUUCUGAGCAGAGGCAAGUAUCCCCCACAGAACUGUGCUGAAAGGCAGUGGCCGUAAGGUGUUGAAGUGCUUCUCCACCCUCUUCCACAGCAAUAAGGCACUCCACUAGAAGGCAUCUCCAGCUGUUCACUGGCAACAGGCUGGCACAGUGCCGUGUUGUCACAGACCUCGGUGGUGAAGGGGUUCUUAAGGCAAUGUUGAGUGCCUGGGCACAACAUUUGCGUUUUGGGAUGGGAGGGAUUGGGGAUAAAAAGGUGAGGUCGAUGGGUUUAGAGCUUUCCUUGAUGGACUCAUUUUAAAAAUAAAAAUAAAAAAAAAAGAAAAACCUAAAGAAAAA